AUGAGUACUAGCAUUGCGGUCUUUGAGAUUUUUCCAGAUAUGUAUGCACCUAACCCAUCAUUCGGAAGGAUAUUGCAGGAGUUGUGCAUUCCAGAAUGCUCUCUAAGGCAGCAAAUUAUGAGCGAGCUUCAUAAUGAGAGGCAUUUUGGAUGUGAUAAGACAUUGACUCUCAUCUCCGUCAAUUUCUAUUGGCCUAAGUUGACCAACAAUGCUUGUGCACUCCUCUACCUGUUCCUAAAGCUCCUUGGCUCGAUGUCAGCAUCUUGUAGGAAGACUAUGGAUGCUACUCGGAUUGUCCAUCUUUACUUCAAAGAGAUCAUGCGUUUACAUGGCAUUCCUCGGUCCAUGACUUCAGAUCAAGAUAUACCAAAUUCAUCAAUCACUUCUGGAAGGGCUUACGGGGGACAUGGGGGACACAGUUAA